CGAACAUCAUCCGCCAACGACCGUCGAUACGCCGACAUCAAGAUGUGAGUCCAUCUCCCGGAGUUGAUAUUAUCGUUAUGUGGAGGAAAUACUGUUCCUGGAUGGCCUUUUUGCCCAGUGUUUCGCCCUCUCGACACUGUUCCAGCUGGGCUUGUGUUUUCCUCCACCUUUGUCUUCGCUCCUCGCACGGAUUUCUUUGAGAGAUGAGAGAAACCUCAAGCUGACCGCAGUCGUUUUCUCACUCAACAGGGUCAACCUUCGCACCCAGAAGCGCCUGGCCGCCUCCGUGGUGGGCUGCGGCAAGCGCAAGAUUUGGCUCGACCCCAAUGAGAUGACCGAAAUCUCCAACGCCAACUCCCGUCAGUCCAUCCGCAAGCUCGUCAGCGAUGGCCUCAUCAUCCGCAAGCCCGUCACCAUGCACUCCCGUUCUCGUGCCCGUGAGCUCGCUGCCGCCCGCCGAAUUGGCAGACACAGGGGUCUGGGUAAGCGUAAGGGUACCAAGGAGGCUCGUAUGCCCAGCUCUCUCCUGUGGAUGCGCCGCAUGCGUAUUCUCCGUCGUCUCCUCGUCAGAUACCGUGCCGCUGGCAAGAUCGACAAGCACCUUUACCACGAGCUUUACCACCUGAGCAAGGGUAACACAUUCAAGCACAAGCGUGCCCUGAUCGAGCACAUCCAAAAGGCCAAGGCUGAGAGACACCGUGAGCGUGUCCUCAAGGAGGAGAUGGAUGCUAAGCGUGCCAAGAACAAGGCUCUCCGUGAGAGACGACAGGAGCGCAUCGAGGCCAAGCGUAACGCUCUGGUCGAGGAGGCUCAGGAGUAAAUGCUUUGAUUUAUUUUCCUUCGUUGACGAAUUUUGGCGGUGCGGAGGUUUGAACUGGGGGAAUCGAUCAGCCAAGCGAUAUCAUUUCAGGUCGACCAAUCCACUUUUUUCCACAUUCCAGGUCUGGCUCGGUGCGAUUGAUUCAUCCGGGAAACCCUGGGACUGGGUUCGGGAACAGGGGAAUCGUCUCUUUUCUUUACUUCUCUCUUUCUCAGGCGAAUGUGGAUCGGAGUGGGAGAGAAGGUAAUGACAAGGAGGCAAAAAAAAGGAAUGAAAAAAUAUGAACAAAUAUUUUA